AUGCUUAGUGAUACAACAACAACAACAACAACAACAACAACAACAACAACAACAACUACUACUACUACUACUACUACUACUACUACUACUACUACCACUACUACUACCACUACUACUACUACUACUACUACUACUACUACCACUACUACUACUACUACUACUACUACUACUACUACUACUACUGCAAAUAAUAAUAAUAAUAAUUGGAAUAAUAGAUUGUAA